AUGUACGGGGUGCUGCGAGACCCAGAGGCCGCGCUCUUCGUGGAGUACGAUGGGUAUUGGAGGCAUGCGGAAGAGGGAGGGAUGGCCUUAGACGCGGCGAAAAACGCUGCGCUGCUGGCAUACGCGCCUCAGGGAUCCUAUGUGUUGCGCAUCAACCAUGCUGCGCUUGAGGACGUGCAGCCGCAGGAAAACGUGCUGUGGGUUACAGUGGGCACUUGGCGCCGCGGUGACCACACGUCGCUCCUGGCGACACUGGAGGACCUCAUGCGACAGAUAUUUGUUGGCAUGCGAGGCGUUCUCCGUGGGAGUGUGUUGAGACAGCAAACCCCUGGUGUGGAAAACGGAGGUGGGGCCUUUUCGAUCCGGGCACGGGAGUUUUCAAUUUCAGCUGCUGCACAGGGCAACAGCACGGAAGAGAUAGGACGCUUCCUGGCGAUGCGAGGAUAUGAUAUUGGAGAACAUUGGAACAAAGUGGUCUUGGUGAGUCUGAGCAUUGAAGAACAGCUGGAUCCGAUGCUGCUGUGGUUGGAGGAGCAAGGCUUGAGCAAGGUCCAAAUUCAGAAGGUGUUGGCUGGACAACCACGUAUCUUUAGAUUAAACAUUGAGGACACCCUGAAGCCCACCGCGGAUUGGAUUCUUGGCUUGGGCCUGAGCCAGGCCCAGCUUGCAAAGAUCGUGACUGGCUUUCCGCAAAUCUUGGGUUGCAGCAUUGAGCAGAACUUGCAGCCUACGACGGAUUGGAUCCUUGGCUUGGGCUUGAGCCAGGCCCAGCUUGCAAAGGUCGUGGCUGGCUUUCCGCAAGUCUUGGGUUACAGCAUUGAGCAGAACUUGAAGCCUACAGCUGAUUGGAUUCUUGGCUUGGGCUUGAGCCAGGCCCAGCUUGCAAAGCUCGUGGCUGGCUUUCCGCAAAUCCUGGGUUACAGCAUCGAGCAUAACUUGAAGCCUACGACUGAUUGGAUCCUUGGCUUGGGCUUGAGCCAGGCCCAGCUUGCAAAGGUCGUGGCUGGCUUUCCGCAAGUCUUGGGUUGCAGCAUUGAGCAGAACUUGCAGCCUACGACGGAUUGGAUCCUUGGCUUGGGCUUGAGCCAGGCCCAACUGGCAAAGGUCGUGGCUGGCCAUCCGCAAAUCAUGGGUUACAGCAUCGAGCAGAACUUGAAGCCUACAGCUGAUUGGAUUCUGGGCUUGGGCUUGAGCCAGGCCCAGCUUGCAAAGGUCGUGGCCAGCAAGCCGCAAGUCUUGGGUUGCAGCAUUGAGCAGAACUUGAAGCCUACAGCUGAUUGGAUUCUUGGCUUGGGCUUGAGCCAGGCCCAGCUUGCAAAGGUCGUGGCUGGCUUUCCGCAUGUCUUGGGUUACAGCAUUGAGCAGAACUUGAAGCCUACAGCUGAUUGGAUUCUUGGCUUGGGCUUGAGCCAGGCCCAGCUUGCAAAGGUCGUGACUGGCUUUCCGCAUGUCUUGGGUUACAGCAUUGAGCAGAACUUGAAGCCUACAGCUGAUUGGAUUCUUGGCUUGGGCUUGAGCCAGGCCCAGCUUGCAAAGGUCGUGGCUGGCUUUCCGCAUGUCUUGGGUUGCAGCAUUGAGCAGAACUUGAAGCCUACAGCUGAUUGGAUUCUUGGCUUGGGCUUGAGCCAGGCCCAACUGGCAAAGGUCGUGGCUGGCCAUCCGCAAAUCAUGGGUUACAGCAUCGAGCAGAACUUGAAGCCUACAGCUGAUUGGAUUCUGGGCUUGGGCUUGAGCCAGGCCCAGCUUGCAAAGGUCGUGGCUGGCUUUCCGCAAGUCUUGGGUUGCAGCAUUGAGCAGAACUUGCAGCCUACGACGGUUGGAUCCUUGGCUUGGGCUUGA